CGUCAUCCAGAUGCGAUUAUUACCUCUCCAACAUUCCGUCAAUCAAACUGGACAGCCGUGCUCCGGGACGGACGACGGCAAUGGCGACCGCCGGGUUGGGGUUCUUCUCAUCUCCCAGGCCGCCACGUCAACUCUGUUAUAACUCCAGAUUUAGCCCCCUUUUCAGAAAGGCAUCUCCGCUUUCCCCAAAAGCAACUCGAUUUUCCGCUGCAAUAAAUCUCACUUCAGCGACCGCCUUCCCGGACCACAAACCUGAUCGUUUUAUAGAUGACAAGACGGUGAUCAUACAGACCAAUAUUUUAGCAUGCCCCAUUUGCUACAAUCACUUUAUUUGGAAUCAUAAGCCACAACCAUCCAUGUAUUCUCUUUCUCAGUCCACUUUAGAGUGCAGCACCUGCCAAAAGACAUACUAUGGCAAUGACACGCACAUUGACUUAACAAUUUCUAGUGGUGGCAAGGCUUAUGGGGAAACAAUGGCAGCUUCUACUGAGAUUUUUAGGAUUCCCUUUAUAUCAUUUCUUUAUGAAAGGGGUUGGCGACAAAGCUUUUCACUAUGGGGUGGUUUUCCUGGCCCAGAAAAAGAGUUUGAGUUGAUGCAAGAUUAUCUUGAACCAGUCAUGGGUGGAAAUAUCAUUGAUGCUAGCUGUGGGAGUGGCUUAUUUUCAAGACUAUUUGCCAAGAGCGGGCGAUUUUCUCUCGUUGUUGCAUUGGACUUUUCAGAGGCCAUGUUGCAGCAGUGUUAUGAAUUCAUAAACCAGGAGGAGAACUUUCCUAAGGAGAACAUAGUACUGGUUAGAGCUGACAUAUCCAGACUUCCAUUUGCAUCAAGCACCGUGGAUGCUGUGCAUGCUGGAGCUGCUUUGCAUUGUUGGCCUUCACCAUCGUCUGCGGUAGCUGAAAUCAGUCGUGUAUUACGGCCUGGAGGGGUAUUUGUUGCCACAACCUACAUAAUGGAUGGAAUCUAUUCCCUCAACCCAUUCUUGAAACCUUUCCGUCAAAGAUUUGCUCAAGUAUCAGGAAGUCACAUAUUCCUGAAUGAGAAAGAACUUGAAGAUCUUUGCACUGUCUGUGGACUUGUGGGGUUCAAGUGCAUCAGGAAUGGGCGCUUCAUCAUGCUCUAUGCCAUGAAACCUACUUGAUUAUUGUGGCUAUCAGUCGGUUAAUCUAUUUCAUGGUGUUUCUUAUUUUCCCAUGAGGGCAUAGAAUGAGUUUUUCAUUCAAAAAGAUUGGCAUAAGAUCACAUUAUGUUAACUGCUUUUUAUGUUUUAACACUGAUGCACUGAAGUAAUCAGAAUAUAUUGAUAUCCGUGUU